GGAAGUUCUAGGGAUAAACGCGGCGACGCCUGCACUGCAGUGUACAAAACGUUAACUUUAGCUAUUGCUAGUAACUAAGGAACAUUCGUGUGUCUUAAUGGCAGAUUCUAAAGUUUUGACUAAGCGAAUGUGUCAGGAAAUGAUAGAAAACAUGACGAACUUUAGUCUAAACUGAUUUUGUUAGGUCUUGAGCCAGCGUUAGUCGUAGUAGCCAUACAGCUAGUUAGCUAACGGUACAUGACACUAGCCAGUUAGCUAAACUUGUUUGUCUGACUUGCUUUACAAUACUGCUGCAAAACGUUUAAUUUAUAUAUUUGAAAUUAAAAGGUUUACUUAAUUUUGAAGUCAUGGGCUUCUAUGAAGUAUAUUCUCACCCGGCGUUAAUUCGAUACAAAACAAGCGUAUGCACAAAAGCCACGUUAUUUGUCAUAGCUGUUCUGUGUCUUACUUACAUUUCUCCUCUCCUUGUGGCCUACAGAAGUCAAGGAUUCUGGUUGAAGCGCAGCACGUACGAAGAGCAACCUGUUAUCAGAUUUCAGUAUCAUAUGCUUCUGGUAACCACAACCAGUACAAAAGGCGACUACGUUGCUUGGAGCACAUAUCCACAUUUAAAUAAUUUAUUAGGAAGCAACCUGCGAAUCCCCAUGGUUUCGGCUAGAGAGGAGGAUCAGAAUAAAGAUGGGAAGUUGGACCAGUUGAAUCUCCAGCUGGAGCUUCCUCUCUCACCUGAGGAGCAGAUCUACAGCAUCCAGCUGCUUCUCACCUUCUCCUACCAGCUCUUUAGAAUGUCCACUGUUGUCAUGCAGACACUGGCGUUUGUGCAGCACUCCUCCCCUGUUCCGGGAUCUGAGCUCUUUGUCAGUGGAGAUCUGCGCUUGGAGCAGCGAGUCCCACUCCCUCACCGUGGCCUCCACACGACUUACAAUAUAUCAGUUAUUGAUGGCAAUAGUCCCUUUGCUAGCAGCUAUGAUUUGGUCAAAAUCAUUGGGGCAUACCAGAAAAGAAACUUGACCACUGUUUUCUCCUGCACAAGUCCAGUUUGGACAGUGGGUCGAGCUGGCGGAGCUCCCUUCAGGAUUAGUGCAGAGGUGCGCUAUCCUGUGGAGGUCAUCAGUUACCGUCCAGGCUUCUGGGAGAUGAUUAAGUUUGCGUGGAUCCAGUAUGUCAGUGUGUUGCUGAUCUUCCUGUGGGUCUUCCGCCGCAUCCAAGACUUUGUUUUCCAGAACCAGGUGUUGCCCACUGUGCCUAUUCUACCAUUGAAACAGCACAGAGCCUGAAGAGGGCUGCACUUUUUACAGUCACGAUUGAAUGAUUAUGUGUGUGAGAGGACCAUUCAUUAUUGAAUAAGAGAUCCGUGUGUUCAGCUUCAGUGAGAAAUGCUGUUGUUCUAAUCAUAUUUUUGGAUUUGUAUAUAGAUGUGUUUAUAGCUGAGUUUUAAUUUUGGUACAUUAAAAUGUGUUUCUAUAAA